AUGAAUAUUUUGCGUCUUCUGGCUGGCAGCCCGCUCUCGGAGGAGUUUCGGAAGCCAGUGGUGCAGCUGCAUCCCGAGCUGGCGGAAAGAUACACGGUGGAGGUGCGACGUCCCAUCGACCUCACCACGGUGGCUAGGCGAGUCAGGAGAGGCACGUACGACAACUCCGCGGGCCGGCUGAGGCGCGACAUCGCCCGCAUCUUCACCAACUGCGAGAGGUUCAACAUGUGCAGUGGUCAGCUCUUCGUCGGCAUCGCGCGUCAUCUGAGGGCGCUUUUCGAAUCAAAGUGGGCGGAAUCCGACCUGCCGUACCCUGGAGAGAGCCAGGCCACCUCGCACCGCCGACGCGCCGCUCUCCGCACUGCCAGGUACCGCCUGUGCUGGCGAGCGCAGCUGCGGGGCCCCCUCCGCGAGGCCGCCCGGCAGGCGGUCCGGGCGGCGAGCGCGGCGGCUCUCGCUGCCGGCGGCCCCGGCGCGAACGGGGUGUCGCGGGAGUUCUCCGAGGACAUCCUGCCGAUGCUCUCAGGGGAAGGGGAGGAGAGCAACGAGGAGUGGACCCUAGGGCUCUUCGCGGAGCGGGCGUGCCUGGCCCUGGGGUUGCGGGCGAACCAGCCCCCCCCGGUGGAGGAGGCGUGUCCGGGUGGCGGUGGCGAAGCAGCAGCAGCAGCCGCCGCCGCCGCCGCCGGCGAGAAGGCCGGGCGCGACGCCUGCGCGGACUGGCUGUUCGGCCCUCGACAGGCCGCCUGGCUGGCGGCGGAGACGGCGCCAGCCGGGGAGAAGCGGGACCCGGCGUCGGCGCCGCCCCCUGUGGCGACCGCCGCGGUGGUGUCGGCGGCGUGGCGGGCCCUCGACGGCGCUCUCUCGCCGGCGACGGUGCUGGUGGCCUCCAACGCGGCGCGGGGCACCCCGUUCUCGUCCGUGUGGGCGCGGCCGGACAAGCUCGUCUGGGCCAAGCAGGCGAAGAACACGUUCUGGCCGGCCAUGCUGCUGUGGGGCAGCGGCACCACGGCGGCCCUCAAGGAGGUGAACAUGGGCAGGGUGCCCCCAGCGUUCCGGGAGGAGCUCGAGAAGCAGGCGAAAGGAACGAAGGGAAACAACAGAAACGGCGCGGUAGUGGAGUUCUUCGGAUUGCAUGAGUUCGCCCUGCUCAAGCCGGACGCUCUGAGGCCACUCUCCACCCUCGACAAGAGCCCAAACAAAACGGUGUCGAAGAAUAAGCGGUGGGACCCAACGAUGGAAGAGGCUAGGAAGGCCGUGGUCAACCUGAGGGAUCUCGAGACAUCGAUGUACAUGCCGCAGCCGGAGCCCGCAGCAGGACUGAACGGGUUGACGAUGGAACCUUCGAGCGAAGAGCUCCACCAGACGGGGACACCGGCCUCCGACACCGAUACCUCUAGCGGGGAGAGCACCCUCGAAUCGGACACGGAGUCCAACGCGGAUUUGGCGUCGCCCCCCACGGCGGAGUGCUCCUCCUCCUCCUGCUCUUCCUCCUCCUCCUCGCCCUUCCCCGCUCCUUCCUGCACGGCAGCCGUCGCGGGAUCGGCGUCGUCGGUAGGGGGCCCGCACCGAGACUCCCUCGGCGGCGGGGGGGCUCCGUCUUCGCUGAGGGCAAUGUCUCCGCCGCCGCCCCCGACGCGAGCGACGCUGCUUCUGUUGUCAACGGGCGUCUCUCACUUCGAGGGCUUGAACGCGGCGGGAGGGGGGAAAGGACGGAGCGGCGGUCUAUCGGCGUGGAGGUUGGCCUUGAAACGACCGCUGGAAGAGCUCACCCCGAAGGAAAGGGCCUUGGAGAAGGUCUGCAGGUACCUGGAUAAGUUCGGGGACAUGUUCUCGCCGCAGGCGCAGCUCAAGGCAGCGGCGGAAGCUCGAGACAAAGACAAGGCGGCUAUGCUCGGCGGGAGGGGCCACAACAACGCCCCAUCUGCACCUGCGGCGGCCGCGGUGCUGGGACAGACCGGGCUGUGGGGGAGCCUGAUGGGCGCGCCGGCAAAGGUUGAGGAGGAGACGGAGAGCACGGACGGCGAAGACGAGGACAUCGGCAUGAUCGACUCCGAGGGGCCGAACAAAUGCGCUGACCGCAAGGCGGCGCUCCGACGGCAACAGGAGAUCCUCAGAAAGGACAUCGAGAACUUGCAAGCCCGCGCGGUCCUCCAGGAGAAAAGGCUGAACGGGCUGGGAGCGGCCAUCCCUCCGCACGCCGCGCGGCAAGCGAAACGGGACCGGGAGUGGAGGGAGUUCCUCGACAGGCGGACAAGCGACUCCUCCGCCGCUACCGCUUCUCCACGGCCGUCGGCUUCUGAGGGGAGCGCGAAACACCCUCCAGCUUCCCCCGCCGCCAGUGGGACUGCCGUUCCUGCCUCCUCCGGUGCAGCUGCCGCUGGGACAUCUCAAGCCACCCCUUCCUCUGCUAACGGGGGCGACUCGGCCUCAUCUCCUGGUUGCUCUUCGUUGUCUCGCGGGAGCGGUGACCGGGGAGGCGGCGCCGCCGGCGCGAGUUCUUCUUCGCGAGCGUACGGGAGUUCGGCGUUCCGCGGCGUUAACCUGAACGGCAACCGCUGGUUGGCGCGCAUUUCUCAGGACGGGAAAAAGAAGAGCCUUGGCGGUUACGCCACCGAGGAGGAAGCGGCCAAGGCCUACGAUCGCGCCGCCUUGCAGCUGUUCGGGCCUGGCGCCGUGACCAACUUCAAGGACGGCAAGCGGGUGCAACUAGAGGGGAGGAGUCAACGAAGCGGCGGCGGCGGCGGCGGGUCCGGGGGGGCGUGCAAGCCCAAGCCUUCCCCGGCAGCCAGGCCGGUAGACGCCGCCAAGGAGCCGGUCGAACGACCACGCGAAGAACAAGACAGCGGAGACGCGGUAAGCAGCCAGGAGGCAUGCUCGACUCCGGCUAAGCCGCCGGUUGCCAGCCCGGAGAACACACCCGACAGUCUUGAAACCCCGAAGGAGGCGGUGGCGGCGGCAUCUGCUGAGGAAGCCAACGGCGGUGCUUCGGCUCCCGAAUCCGAGAACGUCGACAUCGGCGGCAGCACACCAAGCGACCCCCUUUUAGAGGUGGGGGCAGCUGACCACGCUGACGAAGAGGAAAUGGACGUCGUCACGCCGGCGGCGGCGGCGGCAGCGGUGCCCUCUUCCGAGAAGGUGGUGCCGUCGUCGGCGCCGGAGUCUUUGUCCGAGCCGGGCGUGCCCCCGGGGUACGUUUCCGUCUUCCAGGGUCACUCCGCGCCGGUGGUUGCCGCUGCCGCGGCUUACGCCCACCCCGGUUUCGCGCCCCCGGCGCCCGCGGGCUCUGCGGACACCGUCAUGUGGCCGGGGCCAGCUCCGGCGGGGCACCCGGGGUUCAACCCUUACGGCGCGGCCUCGGUGGGCAACGCGUACGGCCUGCAGUACGGCGGGGCGCCCGCGGGGUACAGGCAGGCGCAGCACUCGCCCACCGGCAUCGCCUCGGGGCUGGCAGCGGCAGCGGCGGCGGCGGCGGCGGCGGCCGCUGCGGCCGAGCACAACCAAGCGCUCAUGAACGGCAAGGGGCCACCGGCGGCGUACUCGGCCGCGGCCCCGGGCUACGGGAUGUACGGCGCACACCCCGUGUUCUUCCACGGGCAGCAACCGGGGUCGUCGGACGGGGCUUCAGGCUUCGCCCUGUCCGCGCCAUCGGCGAUGCCAGGGAUGCCGCAGCAGCAGGGGGCUCAGCAGGACCACAAGUCUGUGAACCCCCCGCCCAAGGCGCCGUCUCCGCUCACCGUCGCCGCCCCUUCGUCCGGCGGCGCUGCCGGCCAAGGGUACUCCCAAGCGGCGCUCGUGAACAUCCAAGGGGGGCACCUGAACGUAGCGCAGGCGGCGGCCGCGGCGCAGGCCGCCGCGGAGUGUGGUGGUCCCGGCAGCCCGGCGAGGUUAAUGUACGCAGCGGCGGCGGCAGCGGCAGCGGCGGGGGGGGCAGCGGGUGGCGUCUACGCUCACGACGCCGGGGGUGCCGUGCAUCACUACUACCCCGGGGGCGCAGGCGCGGUGCCCCUGGUGGCGGAGCAGAGGCAAGAGCGGCACCAGGCCCUCGCGCAGCAGCGGCAGGAGGAGCUGACGCUCGCGGCCCAGCAGAGGUUCUACGACGAGUACAGGCGAGCCAAUGGUCUCGAGUCUCGCGGGGGCCAGGCUCCGCGCUAGAGUGCGGAGAAACGAGGUGGUGAGAGAGAGGAUCUUAACCGGCAUAGUCCGACUAGGGUUCUUUGGCGAUCACGGCGCUCGAAAGGGCGGUUUGGCCGCGCACGAGCUUGACUCCCUUUGUCGGACCAGGCUUGUCGAGAGCUUGACCGCCUUAGUGUGACCGGGGUCUUCGGCUAUCGCAGCGUCCAAAAGGACGGAUAGGCCGCGCAAGACGUGAAGUGUGUUGAGACGAAACUGGCCCCGUGCGCGGAUGACGCGUGUGUGUGGACCUCCCGGCAGUUAUCGCACGGAUUCCAACUCUCGGUGCGAUUUGUUGCCCGAGAAUUGCGAGAGCGCAAGGGGAGCAAACGCAGCGCUGCGGCUGACAGCAUAGAGGGGUUGCGUCAAGCGUAGAGAUGAGGGGGGGCACGAGGGUAUGAUCGUUAGUGUCGUGCCUCUCUUGAGUAUGGGUAGCACGGUUAGAGUAGGAGGGGCCGUGGAGCCUCCUGUCUUUAGCAGCAACACACCGCACGCAGCAGUAUAUACAACGUGGCAACGCUUCGUUGGCCUGAGGGCAGCGGAAAACGGAGCUCAACACGCCAGAUAGAGAAAUAUUCAAGGCGACACAACAAAUGUCGGUAUAGAUGAUACCGCUGUAACUGUCGUGAGAAUUAGCAGCUUAUUAUGUAUUGUGCCGGGCAGGCGAUCGGUUAGUGUAUGAACGAACGAACGUGGUCUUGAUGUGUUUGACGGCUGAGAGGCUUUCGAUGUUUUUUCGAUUACUUGUAAGUGAUUUUAAGGGUGGUGGUGUUUGUGGUUGCUAUCUCUAGGGGCGGUCGCCGUUGAGUACGUAAUGUACCGUGGUGUUGCUGUUUGACUCCACGCGUCGGGAGGGUAGAAAGAAGACCUGAUUUCUUGCGAAAAUGGUGGACAACGACGCACCAAAAAAUGUAGCGUAGCUCAGUCGGGCGCAUUGUGGCGUGGCUCGAUGUUGAAGCGUAUUCAGUUGUACUUCACGGGCACGUCAAUGCAACCGCAGCAAGAAGAGUGGUUCAGCGUGCUCGGUUUCGCUUUCGCGUGUGUUGGGGUUCUCGACAUCCCCCCGUGUGUAUGUUCAUUUGUGUACUACUGCUGCUGUAGAGGGGUUUUGACUUCAAUACCAUUAUUGUACAAGCCU